GCCCACUCCAGCUCUGGCUGACAGCCGGCGCUAGCUGAUGCUAGCAGAUCCCAGCGCUCAGGGAAGGUGGACCUUGGGUCGGACCUGUCGGCCCCCAACGCCGGGCCUUCGUAUUCCCCCCCACGCCCCAGCCUCCAGCCCAUCGCCACCACCCUUAGCUUCUCAGACUGAGCUUGGAGCCCCGGAGAGGAUUAAAACCCAGCAAGGCAGGGCCUUCCUCUAAGGACGUGGUUGUGGUUGUGCCGGUGGCCAUCACAGGUAGUGGAAGCCACGACCUAAGGCCCUCCUAACAUCAGAAGUCAGCGGGCAAAUUGACUGACCAUUGGCAGUCUCCUGGCAUCAGCAUGAACUCCAGGGUUCCAGCUGAUCAGGGCUGGUUCAGCAGCCACCCACCCACCACUAAGACUGACUUGGAGCCUGCCACUGAAGGGUCCACCACCGAGACAACAACCCUCAACCCUGAAGCCACAAGUUUCAAUGACACCAGAAUCCCUGAGGUGGCAGGUGGCACAGCUGGUGUGGGUACCAUGCUUCUGUCCUUUGGGAUCAUCACAGUGAUUGGUCUGGCUGUGGCCAUGGUUUUGUACAUCAGGAAGAAGAAGAGGCUGGAGAAGCUGCGCCACCAGCUCAUGCCCAUGUACAACUUCGACCCCACGGAGGAGCAAGACGAACUGGAACAGGAGCUACUGGAACAUGGGCGAGAUGCAGCCUCCAUGCAGGCUGCUGCCUCCCUGCAGGCUACACAGGGCAAGAGCACUCUCCCUUCCCAGGGCCCACUGCAGCGACCUAGCAGGCUGGUGUUUACUGAUGUAGCCAACGCCAUCCAUGCGUGAAUGGCCCAAGGACAGACCUGGACCUCUGACAGAGACACGGCCACAGUGCCCACAGAGCUGCCCACUCUCUGAUUGUCAAGACCUAUUCUCAGGAUGUGUGCUGCCAAGACAGGAAAGGGCUGGAAGAGACACCAGCUGUGCUGUGGCCCCACCUGCUGACUCUCAGGCUUGAAGAGAGAGCCCUGGCCAGGCUAGCCAUCUGGCCACUGACUUCUCCUGACCCGAUGGCCCUGGCAUGGAAGGCAGCCCUCAUAUAGGAAGGUGAAGAGCCAUUGCUGGCUUCCUGGUUUCCUGGCUAUACCCUUCACAUCAAGGUCUGCUUCUCUAAUGGGAAGGAAAUGAAAUGGUGGGAUACAUGGGCAUGAAGGGGAAGGGAAGAGAGAGAGGACUUCUCUAGGAUAGAUUUUCUCUUUUUAGUCUAGAGCCUCCUCUAGGGUGGAGAGAGGGAACCACUCAUAUGAUAGAGACAGGGCAAAGUAGCACCUUUUAUAGAACUUAGAGGCCCAAGGAUGGAGCUGGAAAUGCUCAGAAGGCAAGAUGCCAAGGGAAGGGCUACACAAACCCAGGGUCCAUCCAUAUUACAGAGGUCUCCCAGCCACACAUCCCUGGCAACCAGGAUUGAUGCUAAGGAAGAAGGAGUUCAAAGCUGCUCUGGGACCUCAUACCUUGACUUAAAGAUAUAGUUACAAUGCCUGCCAUAUCCUAGGAUAGAGAAUCAAGUGGACAGGACUUUGUGGGAUCAGGUCAGGAAGAGGGCUUAAGCUUCAUAUGAGGACUAAAUAUGGAAAGAUGCAUUCCCCAGACCUGGAUAAAGGCCUCAUGCAUAUGUAAGAGUGAACCCCAUGUAGAUGUGUACCUGUCCCAGCAUAGGAGCAGGAUAGAGGCCUUCAGUAUUGACUCCACCUUCUGAGUUGACUCCCACUCCUUGGCAUGUAGUAGAGCAUGAUAAUAGGCUGUUUCCUUUCCUUCAAUGAUCAGGGUCUCCAUGGAAGAAGGAAACAAGGCGGGGUUCCACUGUUCACUGUGUAUCUUCAGUGGACUGUGAAAGCUGGGCUGACCUGCUUCUGGAAAUGUCUCCCUGCCAAUGUGGGAAUCUAGAGUUCUGGAGAGGCUGUUGGUAUGAGGAUAAUCAUAGUCUGGAAGCUGGUGGGAGAGAUUAUGACUGCCAGGAGGAGAGUGUCCUUUGAGGAGAGGAUCCAAGAUUCCUACUUUUUAGUUUCUCCCUUCUUUGCCAUCUGCAAGAAGAGCCACUCAGUAUUUGUUGAAUGUGGAAGAGAGUCUCUGCAAUUCCCCCUAAGUCUUGGAGGGGCAUCUGGGUAGGGUAGACCCCCCAUAGCAGGAUAGUUUUUUCUAUACUGGGCACGCACACACACAUGUGCAUGCAAAGAGGCAUGUCCCUAGUUUCAUCACUAUCACUGUCUUCUGCUGGUUAGCGGGGGAUGCGGGGGUGGCAUGUUUAGAUAUGCUAUUAAGCAAAUACCACAUGUCAUGAGGUGAGGGGAUCCCACGGGGAGGGAAGGUUCUGGAUUUAUUCCCACCUCUAGAUGCUAUAAAUACAUUAGCACUUGCAUAACUGGAGGGCUGUGAGUAAUUUAGGAUGCACAAAGCUGUAAUUUAACUCACAGCAUCUCUAUGUGUGAGAGUAUUAAAGAUGUAAUUAAGAUGUUUAUACA